AUGUCCACCACGGAAGAGGCAGCUGGUGGCUACGACUACGACCGCCGCCUGAGCGAGCUGAAGGCUUUCGACGACACCAAGGCCGGCGUCAAGGGCCUCGUGGACGCCGGCGUCACGACCGUCCCCACCAUCUUCCGCCACCACCGCCAGGACGGGCCGCAGGUAUCGUCCUCUAGCAGUAGCAGCUGCAACACUAUUAGCGUUAUCCCGGUCAUCGACCUCUCGGCGGCGGACGCAGCCGCGCGGGAGGAGGUGGUCGCGCAGGUGAAGGCCGCGGCCGAGACGGUGGGGUUCUUCCAGCUGGUGAACCACGGCGUUCCCGGCGAGCUCCUGUCGGAGAUGCUGGCGUCGGUGAGGCGGUUCAACGAGGAGGCCCCCGAGACGAAGCGCGCUUACUACACGCGGGACGCCCGGCGGAAGCUGCGGUUCAACUCCAACUUCGACCUGUUCCAGUCACCGGCGGCCAACUGGCGCGACACGCUCUUCUGCGAGGCGGCGCCGGAGCCGCCGCGCGCCGAGGAGCUGCCGCCCGCGGUCAGGCACGUGAUGCUGGAGUACAGCGGCGCGGCGCGGGAGGUGGCGGCGCGGGUGCUGGCGCUGCUGUCGGAGGCCCUGGGGCUGGGCCCCGGGCACCUCGCCGGGAUGGGGUGCGCGGACGGCCUCAGCCUGGUGUGCAACUACUACCCGCCGUGCCCGGAGCCCGACCUCACCCUGGGGUGCAGCGCGCACUCGGACCCCAGCUUCCUGACCCUGCUGCUGCAGGACGAGCACGCGCAGGGCGGCCUGCAAGCGCUGCUGGCCUCUGGGUGGGUGGACGUGCCUCCGGUGCCCGGCGCGCUCCUGGUGAACGUCGGCGACCUCCUCCAGCUGGUCAGCAACGGGCGGUUCAGGAGCGUGGAGCACCGGGUGGUGGCCAACCGGAGCAGGGACACGGCGAGGGUGUCAGUGGCGUGCUUCUUCAACGCGGACAUCGCGAGGUCCACGAGGCUGUAUGGACCCAUCGCGGAGCUCAUCACCUCCGGCGACGGCGCGGGAAGGGCGCUGUACAGGAGCGUGACGGUCCCGGAGUUCCUGGCGCACUACGACAAGAAAGGCCUCGACGGUCGCCCGGCGCUCCACCACUUCCAACUGCUUCAAUAA